UCGGAGUGCGCGGCAGCGAGAACAGCGAAGCGAGCAAGGGAACGAACGAACGGCAAGCGUAGUGCGCGACUCGACCCACACAAACGUCCUUUCGGCAGCCCCGGCUCCGAACCACGUGGCGCCGCGUCGACGCCACGCACCAGCAUCGCCCGCUCGGCGCCGCCACGAUUGAAGCCGUAAAGCUGGAGUACCACAAAAGAAGCGCGGGAAAAUGUGAGGAGCUGUCGGCCGAGGCGCACGACCACAAAGAGGCCAAACGGACUUCUCGAAACAGCAUGUACCCCAGCGCCCAGAUCAAAAUGAGGCUGCUGUCUCCGAGCAUCUCGCCAGCGACGUCGCCAACUAUGUCCAAUUCGUCGUCGCCGACGCCGCCCGGCGGCGGCUCCACGGGCGCCAUCAACUACAACCACAAAAUCACGGGCAUCCCGUGUGUGGCCGCGGCGUCGCGGUACACGGCGCCGGUGCACAUAGACGUCGGCGGCACCAUUUACACCUCCUCCCUUGAGACACUGACCAAGUACCCUGAGUCUCGGCUGGCGAAACUCUUCAACGGCAGCAUUCCGAUCGUGCUGGACAGUCUGAAGCAGCACUACUUCAUCGACCGGGACGGUGCCAUGUUCCGACACAUCCUCAACUUCAUGCGCAACUCGAAGCUGCUUUUGCAGGACAACUUUGACGACCUCGAACUGCUGCUCGAGGAGGCGCGCUACUUCGAAAUCCCACAAAUGGUGCGUCAGCUGGAGGAACUGAAGCGCGAGAGGCAGCAGUCAUCAUCAAGUUUGGGCGGCGGUCAUCGCGCGAGUGCGUCGUCGCGACGCGUCGGUGCUUCGCGGCACGACGGAUGCGGCGGGCGGCGCUCGGCCGAUGAGGACGACGGCGGCGGCGCCGCGUACGAGUGCGUGGCGCUGCACGUGAGUCCCGACCUGGGCGAACGCAUCAUGCUUUCGGGCGAGCGGGCGGUGAUCGACGAGUCGUUCCCCGAGACGGCGCAGGCACUGAUGGACGCGCGUUCGAGCGUCGCGUGGAACCACGACGCGCGCCACGUGAUCCGCUUCCCGCUGAACGGCUACUGCAAGAUCAACUCGAUGCAGGCGAUCACGCGGCUGCUCAACGCCGGCUUCAAGAUCGCCGCCAGCAACGGCGGCGGCGUCGAGGGCCAGCAGUUCUCCGAGUACCUGCUCGUGCGCCGCGUCUUCCCCAUGUGACCCCCGCGACCCCCAACCACCCGAGCCCUCCGCGCCAAAGUCUGCAGCCCCCACGAGCCACAAACAGGGUAAAAUCGAGGAAAGCCCUCCAAAGUAUAUAUGUGCAGGCCGGUGACAUACUCGCAGAUUUUCUUCUUAAACGUUUUAAGCAAUUUUUUGAAAGAAAAUAAUCAAAACCUGUUUUGGAAUUCGCUGUAUUUUAAUACUUUUCUAAUUUAAGAUUCAUAUUGGAGAAAAUAUGCCUUAAAGCCGUUCUGUUGAAGUAAGGUAAAAAGUUUGCUUUUAUUUGAAAAUUAACUGACCUUUGACCGGACGAAACGCUGCAAAUAGCUUGGAAAUUUGUGCAAAUUACAAAUACUUAGUUUUUUUUCCGCUGUAAGUAAAAUAAUUGCCAUUUUUAUCAGGUUGAAAUUCUUAGAUGUUGCAAUACAUUUUUUAGAGUAAUCCUGUCAAAAUGAAAUUGAAUUUUGGCACUCAACAGAUCAUAUUACUCAAAACUUUUAUUUGCGCACCAUGGGAAUCGCAAUUGGUCUGGUCAGCUAAUUUUUGCCUCCCUCCCAUCCUAAUCAAAGAUGUUGUUGUCCUUUACGAAUCAAAAGUUUUUCCAUUGUUUGCCUAGGCGCGUUAUUAAAUAUUACAAUGUUUCCUCCUUACUAUUAUUAAAUAAUGUAAUUUCGCCCCCGAUAAAGAUUCGGCAAGGUCGCGGACAAGGUGAUGUGAUCUCAGACAGUUGCACCCUCUGUCUUUUCUAUACUUGGCUUCGACUCAGACACGUUUGUAAAUAAAGGAAUCAUCGUUGUAGUGUCGUUUUCCACUCACCCACUCUCUGAAUGAAAACUGACUUGCUCGCCGGGAGGACAAUCAGCCAGCCGCCGUUGAUUACUUUUUACACUACUAACUUUCCUCUUUUAUGAAGCAGAGUAUAAUUAAAACGAAAAAAUAAUUGAAAUCAUAUGUGCGGGUGCGAGACGCGACAUCAAAAAUUAAUUUUUUUCCGAUUAAAAAUUGUCGUGUGUUUUGAUGUCACAAAUCUGACAAAAAAACUUGAUAAAAUGUAAAAAAAAAAUUAAACACUGUCUCGGGCUCCUCGGAAUUUUUGUAAAUACUCAAAGUCGUCCAAACGAAAAGCUCUCUUUCUGUAAGAUGUAUAAAGAAUAAAAACAGUAAAUCGAUCUAACAUUGAA